AUGUCUCAACCUCACCACCACUCAACGACGUCUCCCCGUUGUGCUUCCGAACCGGCAAAUGCAUCAGAGGAGCCUGCCUCACACUCACCUCAUGAUAAUGCCAACCACGAAGAAGACCAAGAAGAGGAUCACCACUCGAAUGCAUCUUCUCACUCAUCCUCACACACUCCCCUCUUUGAAGGCAUUGAAUUUGUCAUUGCGAAAGAAACAGUUGAACAGGCUGAUUAUGACUUUGUUGCCAAAUUGAUUCAAGAGCAUGGAGGAAUACUUGCAGAAUCCAUUUCUGACAACACAGUCUAUCUACUGUCGGGCAAACCGGUAUGGCCAGUCCCUCCGCAUGUACUCUCUCUUGAUAUUUGGUUUGUGGAGGACGGUGUCAACAGUGGAUUGUUGAAUGAGGAGGUUUAUCUUUGGAAUUUAGAACUUUCACAUCAAGGACCACAGUUGAAAAAGAGAAAACUAAUGUUGAAGGAUGACGACGACAAGAAUGACAUGGAACAAGAGAGGAAAACCCACACUUCUUUGGAGCAACAAAUGAGAAUGGCCAACUCAUCCAUGAUGAUUGAGUCGCUUCUUUCUGUUGAACUUUGGUAUGAAAUUUUCAUGUUUUUGGAAAUUGCAGAAUUGAAUAUGUUGAGUUUGGUAUCUUGGGAAAUGCAUCGCCUCGUUCAGGAUGAUCGUUACGAGAAGAAUCAAUCCUUUUGGAUUCGAUACUAUAAUCAAUUUAUUCAAAAAUUGAUUUCACAGAGUGAAAAUGAAUUUUUCAAUAGUAUUCAUAAUACGUCAUUCGAUAAGUAUGAACCCAAAACUAAUUUGAAUAGAAAUAAGAAGAGAUUACUACUUACAACUCAAAAAGCCACUCUAUUAUUCAAUCGAAGAGCUAGUCCUCGUCUUGGACCUACAGAAAUGCCUCAUUUUUCACUUCCAAAUUUGGUUAAGAAUAGAACCAUGAUCCAUCUUCAUUUUUUAAAAGCAUUGAAGAGAAGAAAGACUGUUAGAAUUACCUGUGAGGCUUCGUCUAAAAAGGGGAACCAUUUAGAACAGGUUCAAAAAUACUCUCAAACCAUGACUCUCUUUCAAGGACUCUCUAUCAAGGACCAAUUAGAAGCAUUGAAGUCGCGAGUCAAUGAGUUUACAGAAAUUAAUUUUGGACCAUUUCAUGAGUAUGACAUGAAUGGAGAAAUUCCAAAAGUUUAUUUGGAUUGGAUCUCUGAAAAUUCAGCUCUCCUUAACAAUAUUAGAAGUUUAUUUUUCUUGGAUGUACAUUAUACUUUCUGUGAAGUGAGUUGGAUGAGACUUGGAGAUUUGAAAAUGGUAUUAGAGGCAUUUUCUAAUUUGGUUCAUUGGACAUCUCUUGGCAGUCAACAGUUUAGAUUUUCGUCCACACAUGCUUCCUCUACAGCAUUGAGAUCUCUUGUGUUGAUUUCGGCAGGAUUAUCAAAACCGAUUUUGGAGGAUGUAUUUUACAUGAAAUUACCCAAUUUAUGUCAUUUAGAACUGUUUUUAGGGGAUGAUAAUCGAAGAGAUCGUCGACACGAUUUCGAACCAGAAUUUAUUCAAAAUUUAUUAACAUCAACCAGGUGUCAAGACAUUUUCCCUUCUCUAGAUUAUCUUGGAUUACGAAAUUAUGAGCAUAUUGACCAAGUGACUCUUACCAUUUUUGAAAGCCCAUUUUCCAAGCGAGUACGCAUCCUUGAUCUUUCUUUAGGAACUUUGAGUGAUGAAGGCGUCAAAGGUUUUUUAGAAAUUUUGAAGAACGAAGAAAGGAUGAAUCAUGAAUUUUUGAAUUUGGAAAUCUUGGAUGUUCACAAUUCCUAUCUUUCUCAGGAAAUGGUUGAAGAGUUAUUGAAUGUGACGACACUGAUUGUCAAUACAACACCUCACAAAAAUGCAAGUCAUCAAUGGAGAUAUGUAACGUUGAAUGAAUGA